AUGCUGAGGACACUGGGGCUAAGGCCGUUGCUUCAUGCAGCUGCACAAGUAUCCCCAAACAGGAGGACCUGUGUGUUCUUUGAGGCUCCCGGAGUGCGGGGGAGCGCAAAGACACUCGGGGAAGUGCUAGGUACCAGCCCAGGGCCCGGCCAGGGUAUCCGCUGCCUCUACAGCCAUUGCUGCUUUGGGAUCUGGAACCUGACCAACGGCCGGGCGAAAGUGGAGAUGCAAGGAUGCCGAGACAGUGACGAGCCAGGCUGUGAGUCCCUCCAGUGUGACCCGGUCCCUCGAGCUCACCCCAGCCCCGCCUCCACUCUCUUCACGUGCUCCUGUGGCGCUGACUUCUGCAAUGCCAAUUACAGCCAUUUGCCUCCUUCGGGCAACGGAGGGGCUCCUGGCCCCCAGGAUCCCCAGGUUACCUCAGGUGGGCCCGUCUGGAUGGCACUACUGCUGCUAGGAAUGUUCCUCGUCCUGCUGCUGGCCAGCAUCAUCCUGGCCCUGCUACAACGAAAGACCUGUCGAGUGGACAGUGGGUCCGACCCGGAGCCAGGUACGGGCUCCAGCGAAGACUGCAGUGAGGAACUGCCCGAGCUGGCUGAGCUGUGCUUCUCCCAGGUAAUCCAGGAAGGAGGUCAUGCCGUCGUCUGGGCCGGGAGGCUCCAGGGUGAGAUGGUAGCCAUCAAGGCCUUUCCACCGAGGGCUGUGGCCCAGUUCCGAGCCGAGAGAGCUGUGUAUCAACUGCCCGGACUACAGCAUGAACACAUCGUUCGUUUCAUCACUGCUGGCCACGGGGGCCCUGGCCCCCUGCCCUCUGGGCCUUUGCUGGUGCUGGAACUGUACCCUAAGGGCUCCCUGUGCCACUACCUGACUCAGUACACGAGUGACUGGGGGAGCUCCCUGAGGAUGGCUCUGUCCCUGGCUGAGGGCCUGGCAUUUCUCCACGAGGAGCGCUGGCAGGAUGGCCGGUACAAACCAGGCAUUGCCCACCGAGACCUGAGCAGCCAGAACGUGCUCAUCCGGGAAGAUAGGUCUUGUGCCAUUGGCGACCUCGGCCUUGCCUUGGUGCUCCCUGGCCUUGCCCAGCCCCCCGCCUUGGCCCCUACUCAACCCCGAGGCCCGGCUGCCAUUUUGGAGGCUGGCACCCAGAGGUACAUGGCUCCAGAGCUCCUGGACAAGACUCUGGACCUACAGGAUUGGGGCACAGCCCUCCAGAGAGCAGAUGUGUACUCUCUGGCUCUUCUCCUGUGGGAGAUCCUGAGCCGCUGUUCAGAUCUAAGGCCUGACCACAGACCACCACCUUUUCAACUGGCCUAUGAGGCAGAACUGGGCAGCAGUCCCAGUGCCUGUGAACUCUGGGCCUUGGCGGUAGAGGAGAGGAAACGCCCCAACAUCCCAUCCACUUGGAGCUGCUCUGUCAUGGACCCCGGAGGGCUGACGGAGCUCCUACAGGACUGCUGGGAUGCAGACCCAGAAGCGCGGCUGACGGCGGCGUGUGUGCGGCAGCGCCUGGCAGCCCUGGCUUACCCUCAGGUGGCUCCCUCCUUCCCAGAGAGCUGCCCUUCAGCACCCGCCUCGGUUCUCUCCCUCGGUCCUCAGCAGGGCUCUUGCCUCCUCAGUGUUCACGCAAGCCCCGGCUCUAAGAGUCCUCAGCCUGUCGGUACCACUGUCCGUGUGUAA